GAAGCGUAAUGUUUGUAGGUGCGGACAAUUGAGAUUUCAACAUCUAGCGGUUUUUUAAUGUAACACAACUGAAAAUAAUUCAUAUCAGUCUACCAAGAAAUAUUUUUUCAAUUUCCUCGUUAUUCUGCGGGAAGCACGGUAUCUAAGAGAGCUGCGGCUUAUGUGGAGAUGGAGGAACGGGCCCGCAGCUGUCUGCUGCGCUCCAGAGAAAGAAUGGAGCUGGACAUCAAAGCGUCCUACCUGAUGGAUCACAUGAUCAGCGACGGGAUCCUGACAAACGAUGAAGAACAGAGGGUUAACAGCAAGGCCACCAGGAAAGAGCAGGCUGCAGCUCUGCUGGAUGUACUGUUGAGGAAAGACAACAGGGCCUACAUCUCUUUCUACAAUGCUCUGAUCAGAGAGAGUUAUGGAGAUCUGGCCAGCCUCCUUCAUAAUGACCUGCCUCUGCUCAGCCCUGAGGGAGAGAGAAGCUUUGCGGAUGGAGUGUCCCCCUCUGUUCAGAUGAUUCUGAGGGAAGGUGGCGUUCCGCAAAGACCUGUGGUGUUCGUGAGCCGACCGUCUCUGCUCAGCCUCAUCCGGGACAAGCUGUACCGUCUGCGGGACACGCCGGGCUGGGUCACUGUGUUUGGCAUGGCGGGCUCAGGGAAGUCUGUGAUCGCUGCGGAGGCUGUUCGUGAUACUGCUCUCAUUAGAGAGUGCUUUCCAGAUGGAGUUCAUUGGCUUUCCGUUGGUCAGUGUGAGCGAGCCGAUCUUCUGGUGAGAAUGCAGUCUUUGUGUUUCCGUUUGGAACAGGUUCAAAGUUCAGAUAUCAGUCAGCGGCCUCCCUCUUCUGUGGAGGAGGCCAAAGAACGCCUGCGUUUCCUCAUGCUCCGCAGGUUCCCUAGGUGUCUGCUGAUUCUGGAUGAUGUUUGGGACACCUCGGCUCUCAGGUCCUUUGACGUCCAGUGCAGAGUCCUCAUGACCACGCGGAAUCGAAGUCUGACCGACUCGGUUAGCGGUAAAAAAUUUGAAGUACCCAUCGAGAACGGUCUGAAUGAGGAGAAGGCGCUGGAAAUUCUCGCUUUGUAUGUGAACGGCAAGCCGCAGAAACUUCCAGAACAGGCUCGCAGCAUUGUUAGCGAAUGUAAAGGUUCUCCUCUGGUGGUCUCUCUGAUUGGCGCUCUGUUGAGGGAGUUUCCCGACCGCUGGGGCUACUACCUGCGGCAGCUCCAGAAGAAGCAAUUCAAGCGCAUCCGUAAGUCGUCGUCUUAUGACUAUGAAGCUCUGGAUCAGGCCAUGGACGCUAGCCUGCAGGUGCUGGAGCUCGAGCACAGAGACCUGUACAGAGACCUGAGCAUCAUGCAGAAGGAUGUCAAAGUGCCUGCUAAGGUUUUGUCAGUACUAUGGGGUCUCGAGUUAGAGGAAGUUGAGGACGUUCUGCAGGAGUUUGUAAAUAAAUCUCUGCUUUUUCGGGACUGUAACCAGCGGCCAUACCUCUAUUACCUUCACGAUCUGCAGCUGGACUUCCUGGCUGAGCAGAAUCGUGAUCACAUGACGGAACUACAUGAAAAGAUGGUCCGUCAAUACCAGCAGUUCUACAACAAAAGUGCACCCAGUGCCGGAGAUAAAGAAUGUUUGUAUUGGUAUCACUUCCUCCCGUAUCACAUGGCUAAAGCUGGCCUGUCUAAGGAGCUUUAUUCUCUGAUGUUUUCCUUGGACUGGGUGAAAGACAAAGCUCAGGUUAUGGGAUCUGCCCAUCUUAUCAAUGACUAUGUGGAAUAUGGUGGCAUGCUAGAUAAAGAGAAUAGUGAGGUGAGGCUGCAGUUUCAGGAGUUUCUGUCUCUGAACGGCCACCACCUGGAGCAGAGGCCGUUUCCUGAUGUUGUGCAGCUGGCUUUGUCGCAGCCCACCCACUCGGAGGUCUACAGACAGGCUUUGAUGCAGGCUCAGCAGAGGGCCAGCAGGGGGCAGCUCUAUCUCGACUGCGUCAACAAAAAUAGCAUGGACAGUUUGUCCCGACUGGUCAUGCACCCGCACCAGGGGUCCAUCUACCAUGCCUGCUUCUCUAAAGACGGGAGCAAAAUCGCUUCCUGUGGGGCCAGCAAGACACUUCGGGUGUUCAAGACCAUCUCUGGAGAGAAGCUUCUGGAGCUUCAAGCUCAUGAUGAUGAUGUUCUGUGCUGUGCCUUCUCUCCUGACGACCGUUACAUAGCAACCUGUUGCAGUGACAGGAAGGUUAAGUUGUGGAAUGUCGAGCGAGCCCUUCUGAUCAGAGAGUUUGACGUGGAACACGAUGAACAGAUAAACCAAUGCCAAUUCACCAACACCGGCCGGCGCGUCCUGCUUGCCACCUGCUCGAAUGACAAAAUCACCAACACUAAGCUGUGGAACCCAAACAAGCAGAGCUCUCAGAACACAAUGUUUGGACACAUGGAACCUGUCAAUCACUGCUGCUUCUCUCCUAAUGACGCCUACCUCGCCACUUCAUCCAGUGAUGGCACUUUAAAGCUGUUCGAGGUGUCAUCUGCAAACGAGUGGAAAACGAUCGAUGUCAAUAGUUUUUUCCCAGAGAGCGACGACGAAAUAAAAGUAUUUGUGAAAUGCAGCACCUGGUCGGCCGACGGCUCACGGAUCAUUUGUGCUGCCAGGAACGCCGUGUUUGUGUUUGAUGUUGCGACGUCAGACAUGCUUUUGGAGAUGAGGACGAGUCGUCUCAGCACAGUGCAAUACUGUCACGCCUGUCCAAACAGCAACCUGCUGGCCGUCGCUCUGUCCCAUUACACUGUAGAGCUAUGGAAUUUUGAAACCAGUAAGAAGACGGCAGAAUGCAGCGGUCACCUGAGCUGGGUUCAUUGUGUCCAGUUUUCACCUGACGGCUCACUGCUGUUGUCCUCUUCUGAUGACCAGACUAUCAGGCUAUGGGAGACAGACAGAGUUCACACCUCGUCUGCUGCGGCUCUGAAGAGGGACUCCGAUGUCCUGUUUUCACAGAACGACAUUACAGUAGUGGCAGCCGACAGCAGAAACCGACUACAGGUACGCACCGGAUCUGAUGCUUCGGUUUUCUUUGAGAGUGACAAGUUUCCGUCCAGGAUCCGCUGUACGUGUAUCAGCAGAUGUGCUCCUCAUGUGGCCAUUGGAACUGAGGAUGGAAGCGUUCAGGUGUUGGAUGUUCCAUCUGGAAAUCCAUUGGCGACGCUCUCAGGUCACACCAGAACAGUUCACCACUGUCAGUUCACUGAUGACGGUCAGACCCUCAUCACAUCCUCAGAGGACGCCACCAUCCGGGUGUGGAAGUGGAAGACAGGAGAGUGCCUUGUUCUGGAGGGUCAUCAGGAGUCUGUCAGAAAGUUCCACCUGUUAAACUCCUCAUCUUCCUCUCCGCAAAUUCUCUCAUGGUCUUUUGACGGCACCGUCAAGGUUUGGGAUCAGAACAGUGGACAUAAACUGCGGGACCUCACUUGUCAUAAAGGAGCCGUGCUGUCAUGUGACAUGUCUUCUGACGGACAGCUUUUUGUCUCCACCUCAGCUGAUAGGACAGCCAAGGUUUGGAGCAGCGUCUCGUGGGAAAUGGCGUUUCUGCUGAAAGGACACAAAGACUGCGUGCGAAGCUGUCGUUUUUCUUGGGACAGCAAGCGAUUAGCAACGGGCGAUGACAACGGAGAAAUAAGGCUUUGGAGCAUGAUAGAUGGAGCCGUGCUGAAAAUCUGUUCUCGGGACACCAAAGACUCCAUGGAUUCCCUCCACGGUGGAUGGGUGACUGACCUGCACUUCUCGCCUGAUAACCGAGUACUCGUCUCAACAGGAGGAUACAUCAAGUGGUGGAGCGUGGACACAGGAGAGGCACUGCAGACGUUCUACACAAUGGGAGCCAAUCUGAAGAAAAUCCACGUGUCACCUGACUUCAGCACUUUCGUCACCAUCGACAGCAUCGGCAUCCUCUACAUGUUAAUGAAAGUGGAAGGAGGCAGGGCCUGAAGGAAUUCCUCGUACAGUGUCUGGAAAAAAAUUUAACAAUCUUUUUAAUGCUCUUAAGAGCAAUGGAGGAAAAGUUUUUCUGGACUUUGAGGCACUUUAAACCAUCUAGGUUAUGAGGUUUUUGAAAAUCACCUGUCUUGCGAGUAGGUUUCAUGCCUUGAACAACAAUGGCUUGCUGAGACAAUCAUACUUUCUUGCUGAUAUCGUAAUUGAAUGCAAGUAGCCUAUGACCCACAUUAACCCAACCCUUCCUGGUAUAUUCAUCUUUUUUAAGAGAGCCUAUGCAUUUUUCUGAGCCCAUGCAUUUGAACAGACGCCUUAAUAUUUCUGAAAAUACAUCUGAAAAAGGCACAUCCUUAGUGACGUGCCACAGUUUUUAACAGUUUUGCAUAAGGCCCAGGUUCGAUUAGGGAUUUGUAAAAGCUGUGACUAGUGUUUCUUGUGGGGGCUUUAAAACCAACUCCCAAAUUAAUGCAGGCCUUUGUGGCACAGCAUUAAUGCAUGUCCUUUUAAUGCAUGUCGUUUUAAUGGCUGUGGACUGUAAUUUUUCCAAACCGGUGCUUUCGAUGCAGUCAGGCGUCCAGGAUGUAGCACAGUAGGACAGGCAAGUGUCACAGAAGAAACGCAAGCAGUCUAUUCAGCACUUUUGAAAUCAAUGUAAUUGCGUUUUCGGUGCUUGUAAAUUAAGGAAAUGUGACAAAUCAUACGUGACAUCCACUGUUUGUUGUAAAUCGGAGUGUUGUUUGAAAAUAAAAGUUGUUGUGGGAUACUCAGGGGAAAUCUGA